AUGGAAUGCUUCAGGUUCUCCUUGCUCUCUCUUCUUCUCCUUCUCGCCCUUGCCGCCGUGGAAGGCGCCGGCGAUGAUCGCAGCACGUUCAUCGUCCACGUGCAAUCCGGGGCGAAUGUAUUCCUCACGGCGGAGGACCGGAUGGCGUGGUACCAGUCGUUCCUCCCCGACAAUGGUCGGCUCCUCCACGCGUACCACCACGUCGCCAGCGGCUUCGCUGCUCGGCUCACGCAGCAGGAGCUCGAGGCGAUGUCUGCAAUGCCCGGGUUCCUCAGCGCAAUCCCUGACCAGACCUACACGGUGCUGACGACGCACACGCCCGAGUUCCUCGGGAUGAACGUGGAGCAGGGGAGACGGAACUACACGUCAAAGUUCGGCGCCGGCGUCAUCAUCGGCGUGAUCGAUACCGGCAUCUUCCCCGACCACCCAUCCUUCAACGACCACGGCAUGCCGCCGCCGCCGUCCAAGUGGAAGGGGCGUUGCGACUUCAACGGCACCUCGUGCAACAACAAGCUCAUCGGCGCGCGCACUCUCGUCGCUUCUCUCAGCAGCCAAAACGGCACUCGGGUGCCACCGGUUGAUGACUUUGGGCACGGCACUCACACGGCGAGCACCGCGGCGGGAGCGGUCGUGCCGGGAGCUAACGUGCUUGGCCACGCUCUGGGCACCGCCGCCGGGAUGGCCCCCCUUGCGCACAUCGCCAUGUACAAGGUGUGCCGGGGAGGAUGCAACGGGUCCGACAUACUGGCUGGCAUUGACGCCGCCGUGGGCGACGGCUGCGACGUCAUCUCCAUGUCUCUCGGCGGGCCAUCGAUGCCCUUUCACCAAGAUCCUCUUGCCAUCGGGACGUUCGGCGCCAUGGAGAAGGGCGUUUUUCUGGGGAACGGGGCUUAUUUCCACGGCGAGACACUCUACCAGCCAGGCGAUUCCCCCAACGUCUCUUACCCGGUUGUCUACGCGGGUACGAGCGAGAAGCCACUGGCCGAGUUCUGUGGAAACGGCUCGCUGGAAGGCUUCGACGUCAAAGGCAAGAUCGUGCUCUGCGAAUUUCAGAGAAACAUCUCGGUGAUCACCCAAGGUGAGGAGGUUCUAAGUGGCGGCGGGGUCGGCAUGAUUUCGAUGAACCAGUUUGCCAUGGGAUACAACACGUUAGCACAGGCGCACGUCCUCCCAGCGUCAAGCGUCGACUACUACGCGGGCGACGCCAUCAGGUCCUACAUCAACUCCACGGCGAACCCGGUGGCGCGUAUCAGCUUCGAGGGUACCAUACUCGGCACCACUCCGGCUCCGUCCAUCGUCUUCUUCUCGUCCCGUGGGCCUAGCCUUCAGGCCCCCGGCGUCCUGAAACCCGACGUCACCGGCCCCGGAGUGAACGUGCUCGCCGCCUGGCCUUUCGAGGUCGGCAUGCCCUCGGGGCCGAUCCUACCACCUAAACCGUACUUCAACAUCAUCUCCGGCACCUCCAUGUCAACACCGCACCUCGCCGGCAUUGCGGCGGCGAUCAAGAGCAAGCACCCAGACUGGUCACCGGCGGCGAUCAAGUCGGCCAUGAUGACAACCGCUGAUAUCACCGACCGCUCCGGCCAUCCCAUACUCGACGAGCAGUAUGCGACGGCCAGCUUCUUCGCCACGGGCGCCGGGCACGUCAACCCGGCGAAGGCCGCUGACCCUGGCCUCGUCUACGACAUCUCCCCUGAUGACUACCUCGGCUACCUCUGCAGCAUGUACACCAGCCAGGAGGUAUCGGUGAUCGCGCGGCGGCCGAUCAACUGCUCGACACUCACGGUGAUCGACGACAGCCUGCUAAAUUACCCGUCGAUAACGGUCAAGAUCCCGGAGACGUGGAACUCGACGACGCGGAUCGUCGUCCGGCGCAAGGUGAAGAACGUCGGGGAGGUGCCUUCGGUGUACUACGCGGCGAUCGACCAGCCAGAUGGCGUUGCAACCGUCGACGUGUACCCGCGCGUGCUGGAGUUCACCGAGGCGAACCAGGAGAAGAGUUUCUCGGUUGUUGUGUCGCCGGGGGAUGGUGGUGCGAGGGUGGUGCAGGGGGCACUACGGUGGGUGUCUGAGAUGCACACUGUACGGAGUCCCAUCUCUUUCAUGUUGCCCUGA